AUGAAGGGAACAAUAGUAGUAACUGACCCACAAAAACCUUCAACAAAUCUGUCGCUCUGUCCAGAAGACGUUUACUCUGCAGAUCAGCGCAGCUAUCGUUUUUAUGCUAAUGCUCCGAUUAGUCUGUUCGGCAUUAUCUCUAAUUUGAUGAACAUUGUUGUUUUUAUGGACAUGGAGAUGCGACAACAACUUGUAAACCAUUUCUUACUUGUUUUGUCCAUAUCAGAUCUACUCCUUCUGAUUUGCAAUUUUUUCUUCCUUGUACUUCCUGUAGUUGUUGUAGAGACUGACUCCUUUUUCUGGAAUGACUUUUUCCCAUAUAUCAUACGUUACUCGUAUCCACUUGCAUUGACUGCUCAGACUAGCGGCGUUUAUUUGACAGUUCUCGUUAGUUUUCAUCGCUUUCUGGGUGUGUGUCAUCCUUUCAAGGCAAAGAGAUGGGUCUCGUUGGCACCAGUAGAAAGUGCUAUAGCUGGCUCGAUUCUCUUCAGUUUUGUCAUCAACAUUCCUACAUGGCUGGAACUUGGAGUGGUGCCCUGUUUAUCUUCUCGGUUUAAUCAAAUUUCUCGGUUUAAUUUAUCUAAAAGGAAUACUUCCAUUUAUAAAUAUUUAAGACAGAUCCAACUUGCCCCAUUUCACAACAUAACCUACAUUUUGAUAAAGAAAUGCAUUGCAUAUACUAUUCUAAUGUUUAUAGUACCAUUUGGUGUAUUAAUAACUGUUAAUUGGAAGAUGGUUCAAGCGCUCCGCUUUAGUAGCCGAAUGAGGCAAAGAAGUUAUUCUACGAAUAGACAGACAAGUAAUGAAAAUAUUGUUAAGCAGUUGCAUUUACUUCGAAAAUCACGUAUGCUGAAGCCUUCAUCAGAUCUGUUUAAACCAAAAUUUUCCAACUCAACUCGUGAUCGCUCAAUCACAAUGAUGCUCUUAGCCAUAGUUGCGCUUUUUCUCCUUUGUAACGGACUUGCGUUUCUUAAUUCAAUAAUCGAGUCAAUUAUGCUCUUUGCUAGCGAUGAGAGUAACAAAAACGUCUUACCGGCUCCAAGUUUAAUGGAUCAACCCUUAAAUUCACUAUCUAGCUUAAAUCAAAAUAUGUCAAAUGCAUCUCACGUAACUGAGUCCCCAGAUAUUUAUACGGAAAUUGAAGAGUAUCUGAAUCAGAAAAUGCUAAAGUGGUUUGAAUGCUCAGUUGAGAUCUCAAACAUUUUGAUUACUUUGAAUUCAUCUACAUCUACUCUUGUUUAUAUAAUAUUCAGCUCAAAAUACCGUUUAAUUUUUAAGUCGCUUUUUGGAUUAUCUAAACGGCAAAAGUUCAAUCGUGUUGCAUUGACUACAGCGAUGGCCGCAAGAAGAGUUGUAGAGUUAUCUCUUAUUCCAGAGGAAGUUGAAAGUCGAAGUAGAAGAAAGAAUACAACAGCUGUAACUACAGCAGUUACGUCAACUACAGCAUUGAACGAAGGAAGCUUCAAAUCAGCAAAAUAUUCCACAUUUGAAAGGGAGAGAGUUGAUUCUCAGUCUAAGAACUCGACAUUAAAACUAAAUAAUCAGCUGACAUGUGGUUACAAGAGAGCAGCACCAACUUGUAAAAGACCGAUAGUAGCAGCUUUUUCCGUACGUGAAAGUCAAAGUAGUGUCCAGCUAUCGACAUUUACCUCCAUCAAAACUAAUCAACGUGGAACUGAUUAUCACUCAAGGCAGCGUCAUCUUAUAGAGAAAGAUACACCACCCGUCUUGUAUCGUUCUAGCAGAACACUUAGUCGUUCACUUACAAAUUCUGAAUCUAAUUUAAGGUAG